GGAGCCCAGCCCAGCCCGGCCCGGCCCGGCCCGGCCCAGCCCUUCCCGGAGCCCAGCCCGGUCCGGCCCGCCCGGCCCGCCGCCGCCGGGACCAUGAUGUGGUCCAACUUCCUGAUGCAAGAGGAGGACCGGCGGCGGGGCGCGCGGCGCGCGGGGCCGGGGCUGGCGCCGGAGCGCGAGGGCAAGCUGAAGCUGGCGCUGCUGCUGGCGGCCGUGGGCGCCGCGCUGGCCGUGCUGGCCGUGGGCACCGAGUUCUGGGUGGAGCUCAACACGGUCAAGGCCAACGGCAGCGCCGUGUGCGACGCCGCCUACCUGGGGCUCUGGAAGGUGUGCGUGAAGCGCCUGUGGCAGGAGGACGUGCCGGCCGGCCGCCGCACCUGCGGCCCCGCGCAGCUGCCCGGAGAAACCAACUGCACCUACUUCAAGUUCUUCACCACGGGGGAGAACGCACACAUCUUCCACAGAACCACAAAGAAAGAGAUGAAUCUGGCCGCCGCGGUGAUAGCGGUUCUCGGCUUGACGGUCAUGGCGCUGGGGUGCCUCUGCAUCAUCAUGGUGCUCAGCAAAGGCGCAGAGUUCCUGGUCCGCGUGGGCGCUAUCUGCUUUGGCCUCUCAGGCCUGCUGCUCCUGGUCAGCCUGGAGGUGUUCCGGCAUUCCGUGCGGGCCCUGGUCCAGAGGGUCAGCCCCGAGCCACCGCCUGCCCCGGCCCUCACCUACGAGUACUCCUGGUCCCUGGGCUGCUGCGUGGGGGCCAGCCUGAUCCUGCUGCUCGGCGGCGGCUGCUUCCUGCUGCUCACUCUGCCGCCCUGGCCCUGGGGCUCCCUCUGCCCCAAGCCGGGGCCCCGGGCCCCCUAGGGGCACCCCCGCGCCUUCUCACAGCUCCUUGCAAACCCUCCGUGACCCUCUGUCCCCUCAGAAUCUUGUUAUUGUGAAUCCUCACCCGGGGACCUUUCUCCACGGACCCCUAGAGAGAGAGGGGAAGGGGGAGGGAGAGGCAGAGCGAAACAUCGAUGUGAGAGAGAGGGACGCACGUUGAUGGGUUGCCUCCUGCAUGUACCCCGACCAGGGCCCCAGGGCCCCAGGGCCGGGGAGGAGCCUGCAACUGAGGGACAUGCCCUGUGUCCCUGACUGAAUCGAACCCUGGACCCUUCGGUCCUCGAGCUGAUGCUCUACCCGCUGAGCCGCCCCGGCCAGGGCCCCUCAGCAUCUUGUGUUCACCCCCCACGUCCUGGAGAAGCCGUUCUCCCAGCUCCCGGGGUCCAGGCUGCCUGCACAGGCCCGCCCCGUGCCCUCCUCGCCUUUGCCUCUGUACAUACACGUUCCUCCGGGGCUGCGCCUGGGCCGCUUGGGGGUGGGGAGGGGAGGGAGAGGCUUUUUGCAAACGAGGGUCCCCAGGGGAGGUUGGUGGGGACCUGAUGGGGUCACUAGGGAUGGGG